AUGACUCAACUCAACGAGCCUAUCGCGGUCAUUGGAAGUGGCUGUCGAUUCCCCGGAGAAGCGACAUCGCCCUCCAAACUUUGGGAGCUCUUGCAUCAACCGCGUGAUGUCCUGACAAAAAUUGACAGGUUCAAGGCGGAGAAUUUCUACAACGUCGAUGGCCAUCAUCAUGGCGCAAGCAAUGUUCGCGAGUCCUAUUUUCUCUCAGAGGACCCCCGCGCCUUUGACGCCCACUUCUUUAGUAUCCAGGGAGGAGAGGCGGACUGUAUUGAUCCGCAACAGCGCUUACUGCUUGAGACUAUAUACGAGUCUCUCGAGUCCGCUGGCCAAACAAUCGAAGCCUUGCAAGGAUCGCCAACCGCAGUGUACGUUGGUGUAAUGUGCGAUGACUACGCCGAGAUCGUAUAUCACGAUACGGAGUCAAUUCCGACCUAUGCUGCAACUGGUAGUGCCCGCAGCAUUAUGUCAAACCGAAUUUCUUACUUCUUCGACUGGAAGGGUCCAUCAAUGACCAUUGACACUGCCUGUUCCUCCAGUCUGGUUGCUGUCCACCAGGCUGCUCAAGUUCUCAGGAGCGGCGAGUCUCGCGUUGCAGUCGCUGCUGGGGCCAAUCUCAUUUUCGGACCCAAGAUGUACAUCGCCGAGAGCAACCUCAACAUGUUGUCCCCAACUGGCCGCUCUCGAAUGUGGGACGCCAAUGCGGAUGGCUAUGCACGAGGAGAGGGUAUUGCAGCUGUUGUACUCAAGACCCUCAGUGCUGCUAUAGCAGAUGGUGAUACCAUUGAAUGUUUGAUCCGAGAAACCGGUGUCAACCAAGACGGCCGCACCACUGGUAUUACUAUGCCAAGCUCCACAGCCCAGGCCAGUUUGAUCCGUCAGACUUACGCCAGAGCUGGCUUGGACCUGGCGAAGCAGGCUGAUCGACCUCAAUUUUUCGAAGCUCACGGUACCGGUACUAAGGCGGGUGACCCUCAAGAGGCGAGAGCCAUUCACGAGGCAUUCUUCUCUCAGGAGAACACCACGGAUGCUACCGAGACUCUCUUUGUCGGCUCUAUCAAGACUGUCAUUGGGCACACAGAGGGUACUGCUGGUAUCGCCGGCCUUCUGAAAGCGUCUAUGGCCAUCCGAAACAAAAUUAUCCCUCCUAAUAUGCACUUCAACACUCUCAAUCCCGACCUGGAGCCAUUCUAUGGCCAUUUACAAGUGCCAAUAGCGGCACAGGCAUGGCCUACGCUACCUGAGGGGGGCACCCGCAGGGCUAGUGUAAACAGCUUUGGAUUUGGUGGCACCAAUGCACACGCGAUCAUUGAGAAUUAUGAGCCCAACGACACUUUUUCUAACGAGGUUAGCAAGCAGGUCUCUACUGUCGCCACGCCGUUUACCUUCUCAGCGAUUUCGGAGAAAUCUCUCAUAUCCCAGCUCCAGACUUACGUUGCUUUCUUGCGCGGAAACGUCGGCUUCAACCUUAGAGAUAUGUCUCUGACGCUGUCUCGACGAUCGGCGUUUCCUUUCCGAGCAUCGUUCUCCGCUCUUACCGCAGAAAAUCUUGCUUCCAAAAUCGAAGCCAAACUCGAGGAGAAAUCUUCCGGAUCUGCUUCCAUUGCGACUCGACCAAUUACGAAGCAUCGCGGAAUCUUGGGUGUCUUUACUGGCCAAGGUGCCCAAUGGGCUACUAUGGGUAAAGAGCUAAUCUUGGCGUCAAAUUUCGCCGAGAGCAUCGUCGAUAAGCUCGAAAGGUCCCUGGCAGAGCUCCCAGAGGCAGACCGUCCCACCUGGUCUCUCAAGACUGAAAUGCUUGCUCCAGCAACGUCGUCUCGCCUUAGCAAGGGGGAGUUCUCGCAGCCUCUGUGCACAGCAGUUCAAGUCGUCCUAGUGGACCUUCUCCGCCAGGCUGGUAUCGAAUUCGAUAAUGUUGUCGGUCACUCCAGUGGAGAGAUUGCCGCCGCUUACGCAGCCGGUUUCAUAUGUGCGCGUGACGCAAUCCGCAUUGCCUACUACAGAGGCGUGUACAGCAAACUUGCUCGCGGCCCUGACAACGAAUCUGGCGCUAUGCUUGCAGUAGGAACAUCCAUGGAGGACGCCGGCGAACUCUGCGCCCUUCCCGAAUUCGAAGGAAAGCUACAAGUCGCCGCCAGUAAUUCGUCAGCAAGCGUUACUUUGUCCGGUAACGCAGAAGCUGUGGAGCAGGCCAAGGAAAUUCUGGAAGACGAAGGCAAGUUCGCCAGGCUCUUGAAGGUUGACACGGCAUACCAUUCUCAUCACAUGCAUCCUUGUUCUGGUCCUUACCAACGUUCUUUGGAACAUUGCAAGAUCGAUAUUAAGACUCCGUCUGGGUCUUGUUCUUGGUUCUCCUCUGUGCUUGGUGGCCAGAAAAUGGACAUGCAGAACGUCGAUGAUCUUAAAGCCGUCUACUGGAUGAACAAUAUGCUCAAGCCGGUACUGUUCUCCCAGGCUGUCGAGGCUGCCGUCGCCGACGGUAGAGCUCCUGCAAUCGCUUUAGAAGUCGGGCCGCAUCCUGCACUGAAAGGCCCUGCAAUGAUGACCGUCGAAGACGUCGUUGGUAAUCCCGUUCCAUACUCCGGAGUCUUGAGUCGAGGAAACAACGACGUUGAAGCUUUCUCCGAUGGUCUAGGCUUUGUUUGGAGCACUCUGGGGCCCGCCGUUGUCGACUUCACGAGCUACGACAAGUUGUUCAGCGAAGGGGCUCGAGACACGUUGUCGAAGAACUUGCCGUCUUAUACUUGGGACCAUGAGCGGACUUAUUGGAAUGAGGCCCGAGAAUCGAAAGCCAUUCGCCUGCGAGAAGAUGCGACGCACGAGCUAUUGGGUGUUAGAACUGCUGACAAUACGGAAGGCGAGUACCGCUGGAGGAACUUCCUCAAGCCGACAGAAAUGCCUUGGCUCCGAGGUCAUCAGAUACAAGGCCAGACACUCUUCCCAGCUGCAGGAUUCGCUGCAAUGGCCAUUGAAUCGUCAAGAGUACUUGCGCCCAGCGAAGAAGUUCGCUUGAUUGAACUUCGUGAGUUCAGCAUCCAUCGGGCUUUGGCAUUUUACGACGAGGCAGCUGGCGUUGAGACUAUAUUCAGUCUCACCAAUGUUACGACGGACAACAGCAACAAUGAGAGAUCUGUCUUCGCCGACUUUUCCUGUUUUGCUUGCCAGAACAAAGAUUCAGGCAAUCUCACGUCCAUGGCCAGUGGACUGCUCAAAUUGUGUCUUGGGGAGCCUUCUGUUGUCGCAUUGCCUGAACGACCUCCACCAGGCGUCAACUUCGCGGAUGUCGACACAGAUCUGUUCUACACCCAUUUGACCAACCUUGGCUACAACUACAGCGAGAUCUUCCGCGCCAUAACUUCGCUGAAAAGAACAACAGACGCAGCGAACGGUAUCAUACACAGUGCUGCGAAUCCUGAUGCACCAAGCCUGUUCACUCUCCACCCUGCAACGCUAGAUGUAGCGUUCCAAUCAGUAUUCGCCGCCAUCGGAUCUCCAGGUGACGGCAGGCUCUGGACAAUUCAUGUUCCCACCAUGAUCAACAAGAUCUCGAUCAACCCAUUCGCCUGCCCACCAGGAGCAGGACUUGGAGUUAGCCUGCCUUUCGAUGCGUCUUUGUCAGCCUCAGUCGCUGAUGGGAUCUCUGGCGACGUGGACAUCUACGAUGAAAGCGGCAUUAAUGCCAUUGUUCAAGUCGAAGGCCUCCAUGUGACUCCUCUUACAACACCUACCGCAGUUGACGACAAGCAAAUCUUUGCUGAGACCAUCUGGAAUGUCGCCGAACCGGAUGGCGAGGUAGGCUUCAAAGAGUGGACGUUGAAUGAUGUUGAGGAGACCGGAUCUCUCUUGGUUGAACGUACAUGUCUCUUCUACAUGAAGAAAUUGCACGAUACGAUCACCGCAAAGGAGCGCGAAAAGUGUGACUGGCACCAAACGAGGGUCUUGAACUGGGCUGCCCACACAGUCCAGCUCACCUCUGAAGGCAGACACCCGACUUGCAAGAAGGAGUGGCUCAAUGAUACACAUGAUGAGCUCCACGCACAAAUCACUGAGAUGGCUAAGCUCUAUGAUGAUUUUAACAGCUUGGUUUUCGUUGGCGAGAGAUUGAUUCCAUUUGCUCGAGGUGAACUCUCUUUCAUCGAGCAAUUCAGAGAGAACAACAUGUUGGAGCAUUUCUACAGAGACACUUACGGGUUCCCUGAGUAUAAUGUCUACCUUGGCCGCAUGGUGAAACAAAUCGCUCACCGUUAUCAACACAUGGAUAUCUUAGAAAUAGGCGCUGGUACUGGAAGUUCGACUCGCGCUGCACUAAACCACAUCGGUGACAACUACUCGUCGUAUACAUAUACCGAUAUCUCAGCUGGCUUCUUUGAGGAAGCAAAGGAGCUCUUUAGCGAUCACUCCAGCAAGAUGAUUUACAAGCCUCUCAACGCUGAGCACGAUCCUACUACGCAAGGCUUCUCAGAGCACUCUUAUGAUGUGGUGAUAGCAUCCAACGUCCUCCACGCGACCCGAUCUCUCGAGGAGACUUUAAAAAAUGCACGCAAAUUAUUAAGGCCUGGAGGCUUUCUGAUUCUGUUCGAAAUCACCAACAAUGAGCCUCUACGAAUCGGGUUCAUGUUCAGCGGUAUCCCUGGCUGGUGGGUUGGUGGAGACGACAACCGAGUCCAUAGCCCAUUGGUAUCCCAGAAAGUGUGGGACUCGACGUUUCGCAAGACCGGUUUUUCAGGUAUCGACACAGCUACUCCCGAUUCCAAGGUUUUCUUGGUUCCUUUUUCCAUUAUGGCUACUCAAGCCGUCGACACGCAGAUGAACUACAUCAGGAAGCCCCUGUCGCUCACUGGCUCGAAACCUGUGAUCGACAACUUGCUGAUCCUCGGUGGAGCCAAAUUGCCAACUCUUCGUCUGAUCGAUGAUGUCGCCUCUCUUCUCAAGCCACUCUGCAAGAACAUCGCGACAGUGGACAGAUUGGAAGACCUGGACAUGUCUAUUAUCGCUUCCAAGCCUACGGUCCUAAGCCUUACAGAGCUGGAUGCUCCAGUCUUCAAUCCUUUCACGGAAGCGAAGUUCAAAGCCGUGCAAACCCUUCUCGAUCAGUCGAAGAAUGUCCUUUGGGUAAUCCAAGGUAGCAGGGGAGACCGACCGUACGCCAACAUGAUGCAGGGAGUCGCCCGUUGCCUGGUUGCUGAGAUGCCAGAUCUUCGUCUGCAAUUUCUCGAUGUAGACGUUGCUGAGAAACCCGACGCGAAGCUCCUUGCCGAGACUCUACUGCGACUGCAAAUCUCAGACUCAUGGAAGUCUACGAGUGACUCUUACAAGCCUUUAUGGACGGUCGAGCGAGAGCUUGCAAUCUCCAAGGGCUGCGUUGAGAUUCCACGCUACAUACCAAACGAUGGACCGAAUGACCGCUUCAACUCUGCAAAGAGAUUGAUCAGGAAAGAUGCCUCCAUCAAAACCUCGGUCGUGACCAUCACUUCUUCCGACUCAUCAUACGAUCUUCAGGAGUACCAUGCACCGAAGAUCUCAGAACUCACCGAUGAUGAUGAUAGCUUGAUGAUUGAAGUCAGCCGGUCCGUUUUGACUGCGCUGAAGCUUAAGUCAGUAGGAUACUUGUACAUCGUCAUAGGUGUGGUUGCCGGGACACAGGAAAAGGUCGUUGCUAUAUCUGAGGGCAAUCGAUCCGUCGUCUCCUGCCCCAAGAGCUGGACCCAUCCCUGCCCGGUUGCUGAGGAUCAGGAGAGCCGCCUACUUGUUGCAAUCGCAAAUGACCUUAUAGCCGAUGCUAUGAUUGGUAAAGCCACAAAAGGAAGCUCACUGCUUGUGCACGAGCCUACACCAUUGCUCAAAUCAGCAGUCAGCAGGCUAGCCAAGGAGAAAGCUCUACUUGUGGCGUACACUACUACAAAGUCCGACCAAUCUGGGAUUCACCAUCUUCAUCCAUCCACCCCAGACCGAGCCAUCGAACACUGCAUACCAAAGCAGGUCUCAAUCUUCGUCAACUUUUCCGGAAGCGCAGAUCCAAACGAGAUUGGAGCUCGCAUUGAAAAGCACCUCCCACUGCGAUGCAAGCGGAGCAAAGCCGCCGCACUCUUCAACCCGCGGUCCUUUAUUCGACCAGGGCACUCUGGAGUCACAGUCUCGAAAACUCUUCAGAAGUCCUAUGCCCGGUCAUUGGUGGAGCUCUCGGGUGGCAAUUCAUUUGGCCAAGUCCAAGAGAUUGCUCUGAAAGACAUUCCGGAGCAUCCGGUAGAGAGCGGAACUCUUUGCACUGUAAAUUGGACUGCUGCCACCACAGCACCAGUCAGAAUCCUACCUGCUGAGUGUGACACUCAAUUUCGAAAUGACAGAACCUACUUCUUGAUCGGACUGACUGGUGAACUUGGGCUAUCACUCUGCCACUGGAUGGUGAAGAGGGGUGCCAAGUAUCUCGCUCUGACAAGCAGGAAGCCAAACAUAGACCAGGGUUGGCUCGAUAUGAUUCAAGAGAUGGGUGCUGUUGUGAGGCCCUUCGCAAUGGAUGUCAUCGACAAGGAGUCUGUCAUUGCAGUGCACAAAGUCAUCUGCAGCACGAUGCCUCCGAUCGCCGGUGUUGCUAAUGCCGCUAUGGUCCUUAUAGACGGUCUUUUCACCAACAAGACACACGAAGAAUUCAACAAGACCCUUCGAGCCAAAGUGGACGGCAGUAUCAUACUUGACGAACUUUUCCCUGGGAACGACCUCGAUUUCUUCAUCCUCUUUUCCUCCCUUGCUUCGGUCACAGGUAACAUCGGUCAGACAAGCUACGCAGCAGCCAAUGCCUUCAUGGCCGCCUUGAUCGCUGGGCGAAGAAAGCGAGGUGUCGUCGGAAGUGUGAUGAACUUGGCUGGUAUCUUUGGACUUGGCUACAUCACUCGCACAGACAAAGGCAUCUUGGACCGUCUAGGCAACAUGGGCUACGCCAACAUCUCGGAGUGGGAUUUCCACCAAUUCUUCGCGGAAGCAGUCCACGCUGGACGUCCUGAGUCUGGAAGGAGCCCAGAGUUAUCAGCUGGUCUCCAGUCUUUCGACCCUGAGAAUGACGCCAACCCACCGGCGUGGUUGAGCAUCCCCAAAUUCUCCCAUUACCGACGAAUCAAGACUAUCGGACAAAACGCUGGGGGCGCUGCCAAAGGUAGUGUUUCCGUCAAGACGCAGCUGAAAGAGCAGACAAGCGAGGAGGCUGUCUACCAAACACUGUUAGAUGGAUUGCUCUCUAUGUUGUCUGAUCGUCUGCAUUUGUCUCCCGAAGACAGCAUCUCUCCAGAAACCACGAUAGUCGAGCUAGGCGUAGACUCACUGGUGGCAGUUGAUCUACGAUCCUGGUUCACUAACGAGCUCGGUCUCGAUAUGCCAGUUCUCAAGAUCCUUGGAGGUGCAAGUGUGGCGGAUCUUAUUGAGGACGCAGUCAAGAGACUUCCAGCAGAGCUGGUCCCAAAUGUUGUUUCGGGCUCCGAAGCCGAGGCUGAUCCGACCAAGCCGAUCGAAGAGCAGCCCAAGGAAGACACUAUCGAUGCGGCCAUCGAAAUAAAUGAAGAAAUAACCGAGUCGACUCUCGAAUCCAAGGCGGAGACGACCGAGUCCGAGGGAGAUAAAGAUGGCUCUCUGUCAUAUGAAGAUUCGGAAUCAUCUCAAUCAUCGACGACACCACCAUCAGUCGAAGCAGAAGAGUCAUCUACAGAGAUCAGCAUUUCGAACAUUGACGAAAUUUUGGAGCACAAGGAUGAUGCUUUCCCUGUGGUCCAGAAGCAGUCGUUCCAAAAGACAACAAGAAUGUCUUACGGCUCGUCACGGUUUUGGUUCUUAAAGCAAUACCUGGAGGACCCGACCACCUUCAACCUCCUCUGCCGCACCAAGUUGAGCGGUCACCUCAAGGUGGCUGAACUUGAACGCGCAGUCUCAGCGGUGGGGCAACGGCACGAAGCUUUCCGGACUGCCUUCUUCGCCAACACUGAGCGGAUGAACGAGCCAACGCAAGGAGUGCUUGCCUCAUCGAGGCUUCACUUAGAGAAGAAAUCGAUUGCGGCUGAGGCAGAUGCCAUCAAGGAAUGCGACAUCAUGAUGAAACACAUAUUCGACCUGGAACAAGGAGAGUCCAUCAGGAUCCUUCUAUUAUCGCUCAACCCAACCACGCAUUUCCUCGUCUUCGGAUUCCACCACAUCGCCAUUGAUGGAUUCAGCUUCAAUAUUCUUCUAUCGGACUUGAACAAGCUCUACGCAGGGCAAUCGCUUCCUUCCGUCAGCUGCCAGUUCACCGACUUUGCUGCGAACCAGCGAAAGGAAGUCGAAAGCGGUGCAAUGAAAGGAGAGCUCGAGUACUGGAAGAAAAUGUUUUCCACCUUCCCGGACCCUUUGCCGCUAUUCCCCAUGGCCAAGGUUAACUCUCGUCUUCCAUUGAAGAGGUAUGACUACCAACAGACCGAGUUGAUCCUGGACUCCAAGACUGCCAGUCAGAUUAGAGACACAUGCCGUCGAUACAAAUCGACUACAUUCCACUUCUUCCUUGCCGUCCUCAAGAUCUUCUUGUUCCGCUUUCUAGACAUCGAGGAUGUGUGUGUCGGCAUGGCAGAUGCAAACAGAACGGACAGCAAUUCCACUGGUACCAUUGGUUUCCUCUUGAACCUGCUACCACUUCGAUUCAAGGCGAACUCAAAGCAGAACUUUGCCGAAGCCAUCAAAGAGGCUCGAGACAAGGCAUACAGUGCGCUAGCUCACUCCAAGCUGCCCUUCGAUGUCCUCUUGGAGGAGCUCGACAUCCCACGCUCUUCAACGCACAGCCCGCUUUUCCAAGUGUUUAUGGACUAUCGCCAGCUCGCGGUAAAGUCCCCAAAGAUGUUGGGCGCUCAGGCAGAUGGUGUAGCAUCGACGGGACGCACAGCCUAUGACCUAACACUGGACGUCAACGAGGUCUCGGGUGAUGAGAUAAAGAUUGCAUUCAGGACACAGAAGUAUCUGUACUCGCAGACCAGCACGGACAUUCUCUUCAAGAGUUACGUCCGUUUGGUAAAGGAAUUCGCCUCGAGCUUCGACGUCGCACCAAGCAAAGUGCAGCUGUUCGAUUCUGCCGAUACUAAAGCUGCGAUCAAUCUUGGUCGAGGUCGUCUUAUGGAAUCUGAUUGGCCUGCAACUAUCGCGCACCGUAUUGAUGACAUGGUGAUCGAGCAUGGCGAAAGUAUCGCCGUCAAAGAUGGUAUGGGCACUGCACUGACAUACAGUGAAUUGGCCGGGCGUGCCGAUGCCAUCAGCGCCUCCCUUUCUAAGGUUGGUGUGAGUGCUGGUUCAACAAUUGCGGUUUUCCAGGAGCCAUCAGCAGAUUGGAUCUGCUGCCUCCUAGCCAUCUGGAAGUUUGGCGGUGUCUACGUUCCUCUUGAGCUACGCAACGGAAUCCCUCGACUUGCCAUAAUUGUCAAAGAUUGCCAACCUGGCGCGAUACUUUGCCACGAUAAGACCGCCAACGAUGUCCCUGCUUUGGGCUCCAAGUCGGCAAAAGUCAUCAACGUUUCCAAUGUGAACUGCAAUGAGAUCAUAGCUUUUGCAAAUAAAGCGCAACCUCAAGCUCCAGCUGUCAUCUUGUAUACCAGCGGAUCUACUGGUGUACCAAAGGGUAUCAUCCUGCGUCACUCCAGCAUCCGAAACGAAAUGGAAGGCUACAGCAAAGAAUGGAAUAUUGGCCGAGAGACAGUCCUCCAGCAGAGCGCUUACUCGUUCGAUUUCUCUCUGGACCAAAUGCUCUCCGGCCUUGCCAACGGAGGCACAGUCUACGUGGUGCCAGAGUCUAAGCGAAGAGACCCGGCCGAACUGGCGAACUUGAUCAACAAUGAGAAGAUCACCUACACCAAAGCGACUCCCUCUGAGUAUUCCUCUUGGCUUCGUUAUGGCUGGACAUCUCUUGCUAGAGCCUCUCAAUGGAAAUACGCGUUCGGUGGCGGAGAGGCAUUGACCAGCACUCUCGUUCAGGGUUUCCGCGAUCUGAACAACACAGGUUUAAGGCUCUUCAAUUCAUACGGACCCGGCGAGGUGACGAUCUCUUGCACAAAAUCGGAGAUCAAAUACUGGGAGGCUUCGCAGAACUCUGAAGAAGCAAUCCCAGCCGGAUUCCCCCUACCCAACUACGCACUAUAUAUCGUCGACAGAAACAUGGACCCCGUUCCUGUUGGCGUCACUGGUGAAAUUCUCAUCGGCGGCGCAGGAUCCGCCCUCGGGUAUUUGAACAACGACAGAUUGACGAAGACUAAAUUCAUCCCGGACAUUAACCCAUCCCCAGAGUACGCUUCCAAAGGCUGGACAACCGUGUACAAGAGCGGCGACUUGGGUCACUUACGCAGCGAUGGUGCGCUCAUCUUCGAGGGAAGAAUCGAAGGCGACACUCAGAUCAAGUUGCGAGGCAUCCGGAUCGAAUUGGAAGAUAUUGAGAACACGAUCAUCGAAGCUGCAGGUGGUGUCAUCUGCAAAGCUGUCUGCUCAGUUCGUGGAGAUCCGCAAUUCCUUGUCGCCCACGUGGAAUUCUCAACGACCUACCCCAAUGGCGAGCGAGAGCAGUUCCUAAAGACUUUGGGUGUUCGACUGCCACUUCCGCAAUACAUGCGUCCUGCUAGGAUGAUUGCCCUGGACAUGAUCCCACUCAACAGUCACUCCAAAACAAACAGACUGGCCAUCAACGCACUACCAUUGCCAUCGGCAUCCCGCACCAGUGGGGGGGACGUCGUUCUCAGCGAGACGGAACAGGCUCUGAAGAAAGUGUGGCAGGGAAUCGUAUCCAAGGACAUCGCAGCUACCGUUACAAUCGACCGGGACACCGACUUCUUCCACGUUGGUGGUAACUCCUUGCUCCUUGUCAAACUUCAAGCACUCAUUCGCGAGAAUUUCAACGCUGUUCUACCAAUGGUUGAACUGUUCGAGGCCAGCACUCUUGGAAGCAUGGCAUCAAAGAUUGAAAACGCAAGCGCGGUCGUCGCGAUCGAUUGGGAAGCUGAGACCGCUGUUCAAGCCGACUUGAUUGCCAGCAAAGCAAUCGACGGCAGACAAAGUGUCAUCUCUCCCCGCACCGAUUCAGGACUGGUCGUUCUUCUCACAGGAGCAACCGGCUUCCUCGGCCGCCACCUUCUCCAACAGUUGAAUUCCGACCCGCGAGUAUCCCAAGUCCACUGCGUCGCCGUCCGGCAAAACUCCGACUUUGAGCCUCGCCAGUUAGCCGUCGAGUCCGAUAAAAUAAAUAUCCACACAGGUGAUCUGACCGAGUCCAAGCUCGGCCUCUCAGACACCUCUUUCUCCACGCUCUCCCGUGAUGUGGAUGUCAUAAUCCACAGCGGCGCCAACCGAUCCUUCUGGGACUACUACCAACAAUUGCGCCUCCCCAACCUCGCUUCUACCAAAGAACUCGCACGCCUCGCAUCCCCACGCCAAAUCCCCAUCCACUUCAUCUCCAGCGGUGGCGUGCUCCAACUGGCCGAAAACGCUGGGCCCCCAUCUUCAAUGGCAUCCUUCCAACCUCCCGUCGACGGCUCCAUGGGCUACGUCGCAUCCAAAUGGUCCAGCGAAGCCUAUCUUGAGAACGCCUCCCGCGCCCUCGGGCUCCCCGUGCACAUCCACCGCGUCACGCCCGCCGCAUCCGACAGUCCCGCGACGCCCGAGCUGCUGGCCGAAUUCUCCGACCUAGCCGGCCGCAUGCAGACGCUUCCGUCGCAAGCGGGCUGGAACGGCAGUUUCGACCUCAUCCGCGUGCGCUCGCUGGCACAAGACAUCUGCGACGCCGCGCUCGCGACUCCACUCGAAAGCAGCGAGAAGGCAACCGCGUUUCAACAUCACCAGAGCGAGAUCAGGUUGCAGAUGGCGGAUGUCGCGGAGCAUCUUGAAUCGCAUGAGGGGCGGGAUACAUUUGAGAGGCUGGCGCCGCAUAAGUGGGUGGGCAAGGCGAAGGUGUUGGGCAUUGGGUAUCAUUUCGCGAGUCAGGAUUUCAGUAUAGGAGGGCAAGGGGGAAGUGGGACGUUGACGCUAAAGAGGUAG